UGGGAGCUGCGAAACUUUCUUAAACUCACUGACAAGCAAACGUCUGAGACGUUUGAGAUUGGUACAUACCUAUGGUGCUUGUUGUGCUUUCCGAGGCAAAAUAUGCAGCCGUGGAGGCAUGUGUCGUUGUUUUUGGAGUACCCGGAGGCGCACUACACGCCCGUGAACCUCAGCCCUAAAGCUUCCUUCAAGCUUUUCAUAAAAAACCACAAGGAUUCAACAAAGGAUUUCACCAAGGAGGCGAGCCACACAUUCACACAGGAUCAAGUGGACUGGGGAUUCAGCCAGAUGCUGCAGCUCACGGACAUCUCCGUUGUCAGCGGCUAUUUGCGCGAGGAUGGCGCCAUGGUGGUUCGCGUGGAAAUUACAAUCCAGCGGGAUGAACGGUAUCUGUACGACAGUCGUACUGAAACUGGCUAUGUAGGGCUUAAGAACCAGGGCGCGACGUGCUACAUGAAUUCGUUGCUGCAAUACCUCUACAACUUGCCGUUUUUUCGCAAGGCGGUGUACCACAUGCCGGUGCCUGAGAACGAGGAACCCAGCAAAUCGCUACCGGUGGCGCUGCAGAGUCUUUUUUACCGGCUCCAAUACGCGCGCGGGCCUGUGUCUACAAAGGAGCUCACCAAGUCUUUUGGCUGGAACACGUACGAUGCGUUCAUGCAGCACGAUGUGCAGGAGCUGAAUCGGGUGCUUUGUGAGAAGCUUGAAGAGAAGAUGAAGAACACAAAGGUCGAGAAGACCAUCAACGAGCUUUUCGAGGGACACACUUACAGCUUUAUCGAAUGCAUCAAUGUGUCGUACAAGAGCACGCGCAAGGAGUCGUUCAUGGACCUCCAGCUCGAUGUCAAGGGCUGCCGCAACAUUUACGACUCUUUUGACAAGUACACGGAGGUGGAGGUGCUCAACGGGCCCAACCAGUAUAAGACUGACGACUAUGGUAUGCAGGACGCACGUAAGGGCAUCCUUUUCGAGGACUUUCCACCUGUGCUGCAGCUGCAGCUGAAGCGCUUUGAGUACGACUGCCAACGGGAUGCCAUGAUUAACGACCGGUAUGAGUUCUAUGACGAGCUGGACCUAGACCGCGAUGGCGGUAAGUACCUGGCGCCCAACGCCGACCGCUCCGUACGCAACCUGUACAAGCUGCACAGCGUGCUGGUGCACAGCGGUGGCGUGCACGGCGGGCACUACUACGCCUUUAUCCGGCCGGACGGCAAGACGUGGUUGCGCUUCGAUGACGACCGGGUUAGCCGCGAGGACCAGCGCCAGGCGCUAGACGCACAGUUCGGCGGCGGCGAUGAGGACUUGGCCGGCCCCAUGCCAUACCAGCAGCAGCCCAUGCCGCUGAAGUAUGCCAAGUUUUCCAACGCCUAUAUGCUCGUCUACGUGCGCCAAUCGGACUGGCCUACCAUCAUGUGUGAAGUGACCAAGGACGAUAUCGCCAAGCACUUGCUGGAUAGGCUGGAGCGUGAGAUGAGCGACAAGGAGGCGCGGCAUAGGGACAAGAUGGAGGCACACUUGUACUGCAGCCUCAAGGUGGCGACUGAUGAUGAUUUCAAGCAGCAGGUGGGUGACGUAAGCCACUUCGAUUUGGUGGACCACGACCGUCUGCCACCGGAGCGCUGUCACUACCGCAUGCGCAAGCAGACGAAGUUUUCGGAAUUUAAGGAGGAGGUCGCCAGACGAACAGGCAUCCCUCCGGAGCGGCAGCGCUACUGGACCUGGAAGCGCCGGGCAAACGGUACAUGCCGCCCCGACAGACCGCUUACGGAGUCGGAGGAGGCCAGUCAGCUGGUGGACCUGAAGGACAUCCGGGACCUGCCACGGGAUGGGCACGGGGCAGCGGGAGCUAAGAAGUCGCUCAUGGACAUCCGCCUUUACCUAGAGGAGCUGCCGGAGUCGCCGGAAGCGAGCUGCGGCAAUAACGUGCUGCUUUUCUUCAAGUAUUACGACCCGGUUACGGAGACAAUUGCGUAUCGGGGUCACCACGUGCUACCCAUGAACGGCACGGCCGCUCAAAUUGGCGAGUUUUUGAUUGAGGAUGAGGGUUUGAACCCGGAUACACCAACGCUGCUGUUUGAGGAGGUCAAGUUCGAGCCGACCGUCAUGGUGACACAGUGCGACUUCAGGCAGACGCUUAGGGAACUGGGACUAAACCACGGUGACGUCAUCAUCUAUCAGCGGAAGCUGUCGAAGGAGGAGAUCGCUGCAGAAAAUGUGCGCUACCAUACGGCCGACCAGUAUUUGGCCUACAUUCACAACCGCCGACAGGUGCACUUCAAGCGGCUAGAGGAGCCGCAGGCGCCGCCCGUCGUCACGUUGGAGUUGCUGCGGAGUACGACGUAUGACGAGAUGUGCCUUGCUUUGGCCAACGCGCUGGGCCUGGACGAUCCAACCAAACUGCGAAUCACACGUCACAACUACUUCAGCAACCAGCCGCAGCGAUCGCCAAUUAAAUGGCGCACCGUCAACUCACUGGAGCAGCUUCUGACUCACCAGCAGCACCCAACGGAUAUUAUAUAUUACGAGGUGUUGGAUCUGCCGCUGCACGAGAUGGAGCAGCUGAAGACCGUUAAGGUUUCAUUCCACAAUGAGCGCGGUGAGUUCGUGGGAGAGCAGCACUCGUUGCGGCUACGGAAGGAGGCCUCUGUUGCGGACCUGCUGACGGAGCUGGCGGGGCGCUUACAGCAGUCCGGAACGACGGCGGCAGCGACGAUGGCGGCAGCGGGGCGAUCGAUGCGAUUGCUAGAGACAAUACAAUCAAAAGUUUUCAAGGUGGUCGAUCCGGGCGAGAGGAUUGAGCAUCUCAAUGACAGUUACUGGCAGCUGCGUGCAGAGUUCGUGCCGGAAGACCAGCUUGCCAGCAGCCUGGGCGCCGGCGACUUCAUCGUUCAUUGUGCGCAC